AUGUCGGCACAACCACACGGCCAGUACGACGAUGCCUAUGGGCAUCAUCCUGAAUCAACGGGUUCGUACUACCAGGAUGAUGCAAACGAAGGAUACUAUGACCAUCAGCGAGACUACCAACAGCCGCAGGCUGGAGAAGGGUAUUAUGAUGACGCGGGCUAUUACAACGCGGAAAAUACCAACCCGUACCAAGAGGGUGGCUAUUACGAUGCCCAUCCCCAGGGGUAUCAGGAUGAGUACUAUCAUGACCAGUACUACGACCAGAAUGCCGCUGCAGGAGCUCAACCAGGGUAUGGACCAAAGGGGAAACGUCGUGGUCCCGACUCUGAAGAAGAAUCGGAGACUUUCAGUGAUUUCACCAUGAGGUCGGACAUGGCUCGCGCCGCUGAACUGGAUUACUAUGGCCGUGGCGACGAAAAAUAUAAUAGCUAUGGCGACGGUGCCAUGGGUGCAAGGGGCUAUCGUCCUCCUUCCUCGCAGAUCUCCUACGGUGGAAAUCGAUCUUCCGGUGCAUCAACGCCCGUUUAUGGGAUGGAUCAUCCAAACGUCCUGCCGGCUGGUCAGCGAUCCCGUGAGCCUUACCCGGCGUGGACUUCAGAUGCGCAGAUUCCGCUCUCCAAGGAAGAGAUUGAAGAUAUAUUCCUUGACUUGACCGCCAAAUUCGGCUUUCAACGCGACAGCAUGCGUAACAUGUACGACCACUUCAUGACGCUGUUAGACUCUAGGGCUUCGCGCAUGACGCCGAACCAGGCGUUACUUUCUCUUCAUGCUGAUUAUAUCGGUGGAGAGAAUGCUAACUACCGGAGAUGGUACUUCGCGGCUCACCUUGAUCUUGAUGAUGCUGUUGGAUUUGCAAACAUGAAGCUCGGAAAAUCUAGCCGACGUGCUCGAAAGGCUCGAAAGGCGGCCAAGAAGAAGGCGCAACAGGACCCUCAAAAUGAGGAGCAAACCCUGGAAUCUUUGGAAGGCGACAACAGCUUGGAAGCAGCUGAAUAUCGGUGGAAAAGCAGGAUGAAUCGCAUGUCCCAGCACGAUAGAGUAAGACAGGUUGCACUCUACUUGCUUUGCUGGGGCGAAGCCAACCAAGUGCGAUUCAUGCCUGAAGCGCUCUGCUUCAUUUUCAAAUGUGCUGAUGACUAUCUGCAUUCACCGGAGUGUCAGAACAGAGUCGACCCCGUCGAGGAGUUCACCUAUCUAAAUGAGGUGAUUACUCCUCUCUAUCAGUACUGCAGAGACCAGUGCUAUGAGAUCCAAAAUGGAAAAUACGUUCGACGGGAAAGAGAUCACGAGAAAGUGAUUGGUUAUGACGAUAUCAACCAGCUUUUCUGGUAUCCAGAAGGGAUUGAAAGAAUCAUUUUUGAAGAUAAGACUCGGCUUGUCGACUUCCCUCCCGGAGAGCGUUUUUCGAAGCUGAAGGAUGUCAACUGGAAGAAGGUCUUCUUCAAGACGUACAAGGAAACACGUUCUUGGUUCCACAUGCUGGUUAACUUCAACCGUAUCUGGGUCAUCCAUGUCUGCACAUACUGGUUUUACACUGCUUACAAUUCGCCAUCUUUAUACACCAAGGAUUAUAAGCAACAGAUUGAUAACAAACCCACACACGCUGCUAUGUGGUCGGCACCUGGCUUUGCUGGCACGAUCGCCUCUCUUAUCGAAAUCGCUGCCACCAUUUGCGAAUGGGCCUAUGUGCCUCGAAAAUGGGCUGGCGCGCAACAUCUGACUAAGCGGCUGCUCUUCCUGCUGCUUGUGUUCGCUGUCAAUCUUGGACCGGGAAUUUACGUAUUUGGAGUGAACCAACAUGGUAAAAUUGCCCUUAUCCUUGGAGUAGUGCAAUUUUUUAUCGCUAUUGCUACCUUCUUCUUCUUUGCGAACUCGCGUCACUACCCGCGUCUUCGGGGAAACGACAUGUGGAUGUCUUGGGGACUCUGGUUUUUGGUGUUCCUUUGCAAACUCGUUGAAUCUUACUUUUUCCUCACUCUCUCUCUACGAGACCCCAUCCGAAUUCUAGGGGAAACGAAGAUUCACCGGUGUGCGGGUGAUGGCAUCAUUAAGGAUAAACUCUGCUAUCACCAGCCCAAGAUUCUACUCGGAUUAAUGUUCUUUACCGAUCUUGUGUUCUUCUUCCUCGAUACCUAUCUCUGGUACAUCAUUUGGAACACAAUCUUCUCGGUAGCCAGAUCUUUCUAUCUGGGCGUAUCAAUUUGGACACCAUGGAGAAACAUCUUCUCGCGUUUGCCGAAACGUAUUUAUUCAAAGAUUCUCGCCACAACUGAUAUGGAAAUUAAGUACAAACCGAAGGUGUUGAUUUCUCAGAUUUGGAACGCCAUUGUCAUAUCGAUGUACCGGGAACAUCUUCUUGCUAUCGACCACGUACAGAAGUUGCUCUAUCAUCAAGUCCCUUCUGAACAAGAGGGAAAGAGAACUCUCCACCAUUCGUUUAAGACGGAGUUCUUCCCCCCCUUGAGUGAGGCGGAACGACGUAUUUCGUUCUUCGCGCAGUCGUUAUCCACCCCCAUUCCCGAGCCUUUGCCUGUGGACAACAUGCCGACCUUUACGGUUUUCAUUCCUCACUACAGCGAGAAGAUCCUUUUGUCGCUCCGUGAGAUUAUUAGAGAAGAUGAGCCAUUCUCCCGAGUCACAUUGCUAGAAUAUUUGAAACAAUUGCACCCGCAUGAGUGGGAUUGCUUUACUUCUCAAUUUAAUGGAGACUACGAAAAGACUGAAAAGGACACGGCCAAAGCAAAGAUUGAUGAUCUGCCAUUCUAUUGCAUUGGGUUCAAGUCUGCUGCACCUGAAUAUACUCUUCGCACACGAAUCUGGGCUUCAUUGCGUUCUCAAACUCUGUAUCGCACGAUCUCUGGUUUCAUGAACUACUCGCGCGCCAUAAAGCUGCUUUAUCGCGUGGAAAAUCCAGAAGUGCUGGAGAGGGAACUCGAGCGAAUGGCGAGGCGCAAGUUUAAGAUUUGUGUUUCGAUGCAGCGAUACGCCAAGUUUACCACGGAAGAACGUGAAAAUACUGAAUUCCUUCUGAGAGCUUACCCGGACUUACAAAUCGCAUACUUGGAUGAGGAACCACCGGUAAAUGAAGGAGAAGAGCCUCGACUCUACUCUGCACUCAUCGACGGCCACUCGGAGAUCCUGGACAAUGGAAUGCGACGACCGAAAUUCCGAUCUGACAAUCAGAAUCAUGCCAUUAUCUUCUACCGCGGCGAAUAUAUUCAGCUCAUUGAUGCCAACCAAGACAACUACCUCGAAGAGUGCUUGAAGAUUCGCAGCGUCCUUGCGGAAUUCGAAGAGAUGACUACCGAUAAUGUUUCUCCAUAUACUCCAGGCCUACCAUCCACGAGGUUUAACCCGGUCGCCAUCCUCGGCGCUCGUGAAUAUAUUUUCUCUGAAAAUAUUGGUAUACUCGGUGACAUUGCGGCUGGAAAGGAGCAAACCUUUGGUACACUCUUCGCUCGGACCUUGGCACAGAUUGGUGGAAAGCUUCACUACGGUCAUCCUGACUUCCUCAACGGUAUAUUCAUGACUACUCGCGGCGAUAUCUACGCAGGUAUGAAUGCCGUGCUUCGUGGAGGUCGGAUUAAGCAUUGCGAGUAUUUCCAAUGCGGCAAAGGUCGUGACCUUGGUUUCGGAUCACAAAUGCUGUCCAGAGAGUACUACUAUCUUGGCACUCAACUUCCUCUUGAUCGAUUCUUGUCAUUCUACUAUGCUCACCCCGGGUUCCAUUUGAACAACCUUUUCAUCAUGUUGUCCGUCCAAUUUUUGAUGGUUUGUGUCAUGAACCUCGGAGCUCUUCGGCAUGAAACAAUUAUGUGCCACUUCAAGCGUGGUAUUCCUCGUACCGAUCCUCGAACUCCGACUGGGAGAUGUAUUGUGUCUAUUUUCAUCGUCUUUUUCAUCUCAUUCGUUCCACUGGUUGUCCAAGAACUCACAGAGCGAGGGUUCUGGCGCGCUGCAACGCGUUUGGCGAAGCAGUUCUCUUCGCUGUCGCCUUUCUUUGAGAUCUUUGUCACUCAGAUAUAUGCCAACUCCCUCGGACAAGAUCUCUCUUUUGGAGGUGCCCGAUACAUUGGCACUGGUCGUGGUUUUGCGACCGCCCGAAUCCCAUUUGGCGUGUUGUAUUCACCACGUGCAUUGCUGAUGCUCCUCUUCGGAACGGUCACUGUCUGGGUCCCAUGGUUUCUCUACUUUUGGGUUUCGCUUCUAGCUCUUUGCAUUUCGCCUUUCCUGUUUAAUCCGCAUCAAUUUUCCUGGAACGAUUUCUUCAUCGACUACCGGGACUACCUUCGGUGGUUAUCUCGCGGCAACUCCCGCUCUCAUGCAUCUUCCUGGAUCGCAUUCUGUAGACUUUCGCGGACUCGGAUUACUGGCUACAAGCGCAAGAUACUGGGUGAUCCAUCUCAGAAGCUGUCAGGCGAUGCGCCUCGGGCACACUUUACAAACUUGUUUUUUGCCGAGAUCGUGGGCCCGUUGGUGUGGAUUGGUGUAUCACUUAUUCCUUACUUGUUCAUCAAUGCUCAAACUGGAGUCAAGAAUCCCCAACCAGCCUCAAACGCGUUGAUUCGAGUCGCUAUCGUCGCCAUGGGACCUGUUGCGGUCAACGCUGGAGUUUUGCUCGGUUUCUUCGGAAUGGCAUGCUGCAUGGGGCCACUUCUGAGCAUGUGCUGCAAAAAGUUUGGCGCUGUACUUGCCGCAAUCGCGCAUGCUAUUGCCGUCAUUGUUUUACUUGUCUUCUUCGAAGUCAUGUUCUUCCUGGAGGGCUGGAAUUUUGCCAGAACAUUGCUCGGUAUGAUUACCGUGAUCACUAUCCAGCGUUUCUUCUUCAAGUUGAUCAUCUGCCUCGCUCUCACUCGAGAGUUCAAGCAGGACUCCGCAAACAUCGCUUGGUGGACUGGAAAGUGGUAUGCCAUGGGCUGGCACUCUAUUUCGCAACCAGGUCGAGAAUUCUUGUGUAAGAUCACUGAGCUCGGCUUCUUCGCUGCGGAUUUCAUUCUGGGACACUUUAUUCUAUUCUUAAUGCUCCCUGCCCUUUGCGUGCCAUAUAUUGACAAGUUCCAUUCCGUCAUGCUCUUUUGGCUGCGUCCAAGUCGACAAAUUCGACCUCCCAUCUAUUCGCUCAAGCAGUCCAAACUUCGGAGGAGACGUGUCAUUCGAUUUGCCAUACUCUAUUUUGUCAUGGUCGUUAUCUUCGUUGCUCUUAUUGCGGCUCCUUUGGUCGCCGGUAAAGUUGUACACAAUCUGCCCUCAAUUCCUUUCGACCUGCGUCAACCUACGCAUCAGAACAACAACGACACUACGAAUCUUCGAACCGGAACCGCUUUGAUUCCCGUUGGCUCCUCUCCCACUGCUAGUUCGGAAGCAUCUUCUGGAGCCGCCUACCAAAACGAUCCAGUACGAUCGGCAGUUGAGCUAUUCCUAUUUCUCUUUGCCGUCAGAUAUCUUCUUUCCUCGAAAUAUUCAACACAAAAGCAGAACUAUGUGUCACUGUCAGACGAGGAAAUAGAUGAAUUGGUUGAAGAUUGGAGUCCUGAACCAUUAGUUCCGACACAAAGUACUUUCGAGAUAGCUGAGAACGAGAAGAGGCCUGUCAUUGUUGGACCUACAGGCCCUAAAACCAAGUUAUCCAAUGGCCGUACAGUCUCGAACCUAGCAUCUUUUAAUUUCUAUAAUUUUGUCGCCAACGAGAGCCUUAAAGAGAAGGCAAUUCAGACCCUGCGAACUUAUGGAGUCGGCCCAUGUGGACCACCAGGGUUCUACGGGACCCAGGACGUUCACAUGAAAACGGAGGCAGAUAUUGCCGCACAUCUGGGUACUCCGGCGUGUAUAAUAUACUCUCAAGCGUUUUCAACCAUCUCCAGCGUCAUUCCAGCUUUUUCUAAGAGAGGAGACAUAAUUGUGGCAGACAAGUCGGUCAAUUAUGCGAUUCGAAAAGGUCUACAGAUAUCGAGAAGCACGGUUCGCUGGUUUGAGCACAAUGACAUGACCGAUUUGGAAAGAGUCUUAGAGAAGGUGGUAAAUGAACAAGCAAAAAAGCCCUUGACCCGACGCUUCAUAGUUACAGAAGGACUGUUUGAGAACGUUGGAGAUGUCGUCAAUUUACCAAAGCUCAUCGAGCUGAAGCUGAAGUAUAAGUUCAGACUGAUCCUUGAUGAGACCUGGUCCUUCGGUGUUCUUGGAAGGACUGGCAGAGGUGUUACUGAGCAACAGAACGUCGAUGCAGCUGAGGUUGAUAUGAUAGUGGGCUCCUUGGCGGGUCCUUUGUGUGCAGGUGGAGGAUUUUGUGCUGGUUCGAACGAGAUUGUAAAGCAUCAGCGAAUCACAGCCACAGCGUAUACUUUCUCUGCCGCUCUCCCUGCCAUGCUAGCCACAACAGCUAGUGAGACAAUAGGUUUGUUACAAAGCACACCUGAGAUAAUUAUUCAACUUCGCGAGAACAUCAAAGCGAUGCGCACCCAACUUGAUCCUCGCAGUGAUUGGGUCUUUUGUACGAGUUCUACCGAAAGCCCUCUCAUGCUUUUAGCGUUGAAACCGAGUGUUGUUGUUUCGAAAAAUCUUAGCAUUGGCGAUCAAGAGUCACUCCUUCAAGACAUUGUUGAUGAGACACUCGUCAAUGGGGUUUUAAUCACUCGCCUCAAGUCAGUCCCCGCUGACCUGAACUCUACGCCGCGCGAUCCAAAUUGGUAUCAGCAGCCGGCUCUCAAAGUUUGUAUCACUACAGGUCUUUCGAAAAAGGAAAUCGAGAGAGCUGGGGUUACUAUUCGGCAUGCCAUCACAAAGGUCAUGAACAAGCGGAAAUAG